GCGCCCCGCAGAAAAUCACGGGCGUCGAGCCUCACCGCAGCGAUUGCAGAUCUUACAUGUCAGAUAGGAAAGGAGUGGGAAGGGGGUACGAGACACGGGGGGCCCAGCACUCACAGCCCGGUGUUACAGAGGGAUGGAGACCCGGUGUGCGGGAGGAGGAGGAGGAAGAAGGCUGAUGUGACUUUUUCUUUCCAACUUAAGCCUUUACGAGCCCUGUCUGCAGAUGCAACCUGUCCGUCAUCCCAUCCUUCCCAGUAAUCCCCCUGUUUUUAUAUAUAUUGCAGCGUUUCCUCCAAAGGGUGGCUACAGGCAGAGGGGACUACAAUGACAACCUGGUGAAUGCAAACGAGACGGAGUAAAAAAUCAUCCAGCACAACGCAGGAUGCGCAUCCCCAACCCGACAAGGAAGAAGCAACCUGGCUGUUUUUCUGCUGUCGCAUGUCAGAGAUUUUCCGCGGUGGUGUUGUGGAUUGAUCGUUUCCUUCAUCGCCCUCCUGCUGCCGGUGUCGGUGUAUAAUGGAGAGCUCCAAUGGCUCUGGCAGCGACACCAAACCGCAGAACCACCAGUUGGAGAAGAAGAGACUGAACCGAGCGCCUUCCCCGGCCAGACCUUUCCUCAAGGAUGUGCACUCCCGCUCCACCAAACCACCUGCCAUCGUACCAAAAUCACCCAAACUCAGCAAGCAGCAGCAGCAGUCUGCCACACUGCCCUUGGCCCAUCCGAACCGCAGCUCCAGGCGCAAUGCAACCGGGUCGAAAGAGAAACUAGCCUCGGCCAAAAGUAACACCAAGUCCUUCGUGGCGAAAAAGCUCACAAAGGUGCCCCAGCAUGCAGCAGCCGAGCCCAAACCCGCCAGCAUCAAACCGGACAGCACCAGCAGUCCGAUCCUCGCCAAAAGCAAGAAGGGGAAACUAGCCUCAGGGUCUCCGGGCCCUCUCAGCCAUGGAUCCCCGAUCCGGGUACCGACCGGAGCGCCUCUCGGCCGGGUGAGCCAGACCGACAGCAGCUCAGACCUGUCAGACUGCCCGUCCGAGCCGCUGUCGGACGAGCAGAGGCUGGCACCGGCCGCUAGUAGCGACGCCGAGUCUGGUACCGGCUCUAGUGACCGGGAUCAGCAGCUGGGAGCCGAUAAUCCGCUGCGGGCAGAAGCGACCGGAGCGGCUGCCGCUGCUGAUGCUCCGUUGCGCACAACCGAGGCUUCCGCCGCCAAGGGAAGCAUGUCUCAGGCUCAGCCCGCUCCGGGGGCGCACGGAGAGAAACACAAGCAGGAGAAACCCUCAUCAGGCGCACAAUUCAGACUGCCAGGCACCAAGAAUGUAACUGAGGAGGACCUGCUGCGGGAGGUGGAAGAUUUGAGAUCUGAAAACGACUACCUCAAGGAUGAAGUGGACGAAUUGCGGGCGGAGAUGGAGGAGAUGCGGGACAGCUACCUGGAGGAGGAGGUCUACCAGCUGCAGGAGCUGCGGCGGGAACUGGACCGCUCCAACAAGAACUGCCGCAUCCUGCAAUACCGUCUGCGGAAGGCCGAGCAGAAGAGCCUGCGGGUCGCACAGACCGGCCACGUGGACGGAGAGCUUCUUCGUAGUCUGGAGCAGGACUUGAAGGUGGCCAAAGAUGUGUCGGUGCGUUUGCACAACGAGUUGGAGAGCGUGGAGGACAAACGCAGCAGAGCUGAGGAUGAGAACGAGCUGCUCAGGCAAAAGAUCAUUGAAGUGGAGAUUUCCAAACAGGCGCUGCACAACGAGCUGGAGAGGACCAAAGAGACUGCACUGAGGAGACGAGGAAGCAGGGAAACAUUUAAAGACAAGAAAUCCACGAGUCAGGAGGACAGUGCGGACCUCAGGUGCCAGCUCCAGUUUUCCAAGGAGGAGUCCAGCCUGAUGAGAAAAAAGAUGGCAAAGCUGGGCCGGGAGAAGGACGAACUGGAGCAGGAGCUGCAGAAGUACAAGUCAGUUUACGGGGAUGUGGACAGUCCUCUUCCCCUGGCCGAGUGCUCUGGUGGUGGUCCUCACACCACUCGAGAGGCUGAACUGCGAUUACGUCUGAAGCUGGUGGAGGAGGAGGCUAACAUCCUGGGCAGAAAGAUUGUGGAGCUGGAAGUGGAGAACCGCAGCCUGCGGGCAGAAAAUGAAGACAUCCGCUGUCAGUAUGAAAGAGAUUGCUUUGGGCGGGAACCCUUCUCCAGCAUGCCCUCGUCGCCAUAUGGCGGUGAUGCGCUUGAGUCGGCAAGUGAGCUACGUCGCCAUCUACAAUUUGUGGAAGAGGAGGCCGAGCUGCUGCGCCGCUCCAUCUCAGAGAUUGAGGACCACAACAGGCAGCUGACAUCUGAACUCAAUCGCUUCAAGUUCGGCCCCAGCAGCGGCUCUGGGCCUGUCGGCGAGGAGGGCAGUGAGGGAGGGUUAUUUAAACCUGGUAACGGAGGGAACGGUAAUGGUUCCAGCGGCGGGAUGAUGAUGGAGGAGCUUAAAUCAGCCAGAAUGCAGAUCAAUGAGCUGAGUGGGAAAGUGAUGAAGCUGCAGUAUGAGAACCGAGUCCUCAUGUCCAACGUCCAGCGCUGCGACCUGGCUGCACACCUGGGCCUGCGAACCGGCAGCCCUCGAGACAGCGACGCAGAGAGUGACACAGGCCGUCGAGAAGCCGCUGAGGACGAGGAGGCAGGGCGACUUCUUCUCCUCCACCCCAAGAGGGAGGGCCCCAUUGGGGGCGAGAGUGACUCUGAAGACCUGUUUGAGAAAACGACAACCACCUCAGGGUUCGGAAGCAUCAAACCCUCAGACGGCAGCGAGCUCAGUGCCACUGAUCUGGCCAACCGCAGGAGGGAAGAACGGGAGUCAUUCACCAACGUGAAACGUGAGGCAGAGAGGCUCGGGAAGACGGUGGACCGUCUGAUCACGGACACCGACAGUCUGAUCUUUGAGGGCAGGUUGCUGGUGACGACAGGAGAGAGCCUGGAAGGAGGGACGGCGUCUGGAAACAAACCAGACACGCAAGUCCUGGACACCAUCAACACUCGCAUGAAGGCUUUCCGCACCGAGCUGCACAUCUUCAUGGAGAAGUUGGACCACGUAGGGGAAGGGCUGAGAGAAAGGACAGACGAUCUGUCACCCAUGCCAAACCUCACAGAGUCCAGCAGCUUCCUGUCCACAGUCACCUCCAUGUCCCGUGACUCUCCCAUUGGCACCUUUGGUAGAGACCUGGUGACAGACUUCCAGUCCGGUCAGAGGGAUGAGCUGGAGUGGCGUCUAGGACAGGAGCGAGGCGUGGAGCCCCAGAGCCAGAGCCAGGGUGGGGGCCAGGCCCAGAGCAGGGGAGCCACGGGACUCACUAGGUACCACAGGCCCCUGGCUUUAAGAGCAGAGCUCCGGGACACGCCUGCGUCUGACAUCCAGUUUCGUCUGGAUCAUGAACGAAGGCUGCGAGCGGCAACAGAGGAACGGGAGGCUGUGGUUUCUCUGCCUCAGCAGGACGAUGAGCGUUUGCGUCUGGAGGCCCAGCGUGGAGGUCUGGAGCUGCAGGGUCUUCAGAGUCAUGAGGUGCCCUGGACUCAGGAGAGAUCCAUGCUGCAACAAGAGGUCCGCCUCUUCAGACGCAACACCAUUAUCUUCUACAUGAAGCUCAGGUGGAUCCUUAUGCACUGGAGGCUUGGCCUCAAGGACGACUCCAGAGAGGAGACGGGGCACCCGGAGUUUGAGAAGUUGGAGGGCAUCCCAGAGUUAGGAGUGAUAAUGGAGCAGGCUGAGGGGGAGUCAGCACGAGACGACAGACUGUGUUUACCGCAAACUCCAGGGGACGUCCCCGAUCCCGGGCCCGUCGUACCUCUGCCGUCACCUGAUCGACACCUGCAGCAUCAAAGACAGUUCGGGGAGAACCGGCAAGUGCUGCAGGCCGUGCGGACGCUGCUGGAGGAGUUUCGGGAGGAGCUGCAGGAGGAGGAGACGCGGCGAUGCCAACUGCAGCAGACCUACGCCAAUGACAAAGCCGCCUGGGAGGUCAAGUGGGCAGAGAUGAAGUGCCAGGUCGCCCAGUUGGAGGAGGAAGCGCAAGGUAAGGUACGAGGCGAAGCUCAGGGAGGUGAAGGGGAACCAGCCAGAGACCCCGAGUGGGCCUUGAAUCAGGAGCGCGAGGAGCACCAGCGUCUGCUGGCCGAGAGCCACAGCACCUCCCUGGACCUCCGCUGGAAGCUACAGCACGGAGAGAAGAGGUGGGGCCGCGAGAGGGCCGAACUGCUGGAGCGCCUCGACCGAGAGCGGCAGGAGUGGGACGGCAGCAUGAGGGAGCUCCACCGCAAGAUGGAGAGGAUGCAGAGAGAGCUGAACGGCCGGCGAGGCGAGAGCAUAGACAUCAAAGAUGGCGGCUCCGGCCACAGAGGUGUGUUUUCCCCACAGGACAGUCCCUGCAACGCCCCACGAUCACCUCGCUCCCCACGCUCCCCCUGUACGUCCACCCCUAUCUCCGUCCCCCCCAUGCGCUCCCACUCUGACUCUGAGGCCAUGCUGGAGGAGCAGGGGUCUGCGAUGAGGCUGAAAGGCCCAACGGAGAACCUGUUCCUGGACGCGCUGACUCUAGACCCCCUCAGUGGUCUGGAGGUCCCACCACCCUCCAGACUGGAGAGUGAGAAGAGGUUCCCCUGCAUGAAGGAGGCUCUGAAUGAGAUUUCGGAGAGAGAGGUCGAUCCUGAGUACCCAGAGGAGGAGAUGGCCGGCGGGAGUCUGCUCAGAGCCAAGUCCGUGUGCUCCAUGAGCGACUUCCAGCGGUUAAUGGACAGCUCGCCGUUCCUCCCCGACAAGACUCGCCACGGUGAUCAGGGCCAAGACGACGUCACCCCGCCUCUUUCCCCGGACGACCUCAAGUACAUUGAGGAGUUCAACAAUAAGGGCUGGGAUUUCCCAUCAUCCACUUCUGGCCCGGGUCCCGCCCGGGAAGUGUGGACAGACAAAACCCCCGAGGCCCGGGGAGGGGCCAUUGAUCCAUUCCAGCCAGCCUCCUGGUUCCUCACCACCAGCGCCACCCUGACCACCAGCACCCUGAGCAGCCCUGAGCACUGCCACAAGUCCCCGCUGAGGGGCAACGGAGCAGGGGCAGCAGGGGUGGGAGUGGAGCACUGUGGGGUUCACCUCCUCCACAGCCCCACCAGAUCUGGGGCAGCUGAGCACCCUACUGCCCAAGACCCGGACUUCCUGUACGCCAAAGGGACCAAAGCCAGGAGUGGAGGGGAGGCUGGGGUGGGAGCCAGCGGGGCAGAUGAGGUGUUCAGCACUGGGAGGUGGGCGUGUGGGCUUCUGGAGAGUGGGGCCUUGAUGACUUCUCCUAGCCAGUCUCCUAUCUGCCCCACAGUGGGCUACACGUCCUCUCUGGAGCUUCAGCUCUCCAGAAACAUGAGUGACGACAUGAAGGAGGUGGCCAUCUCUGUGAGGAACGCCAUCCGCUCUCCACCAGGGCCCGUCGUCCGGGACACCGCCUGCCAGACCAAUGGAUUCACCACGAGAGGCACCCAGACCACCCAGACCAUCAGUGUGGGUCUACAAACUGACCUGCUGAGGAACCUGACCAGCAGCCCCCACCGUUGCCUCACCCCGAAAGGAGGCAGCACGCCUAUAUCUUCCCCGUCACGCAGCCUGAGGAAGGUCCAGUACUCUCCUGUCAUCCAGAGCAAGUUUGAGCGACCCUGCUGCUCGCCAAAGUAUGGCUCACCCAAGCUCCAGCGCAAACUGUCUACAUCCAACAAGGCCGAGAUACCCAACACCAUCCGUGCUCCAACCCCUACCACACCGCAGAAGGGCAACAGCGAGUCGGCGUGGGCCCGCUCAACCACCACUCGCGACAGCCCCGUCCACACCACCAUCAACGACGGCCUCUCCAGCCUCUUCAACAUCAUCGACCACACCCCAGUGGCCUACGAGUCCAUGCAGAAGUUCAACAAGUCCCCCAGUCGCUCUCGCCCCACCCCUCCCUCCACCGCCGAGCCCUGCCCCGCUCAAGGGGCUCUCGCCACAGAUCCCAGGAACGCGCAGGAGUGCUUGCGGACCGCUCGUGGGCGCUCGCCGAGCCCCGUGCAGCUGAUAGUGGAGACGCAGGGGGACAAAAACCCAGAGGUGGUGAGCAUACGGCAGGACCUGUCGGCCCCGCCGGGCUACACGCUGGCUGAAAACGCAGCUCGCAUCCUUAACAAGAAGCUGCAGGAGCAGAGCUUUAGAGAGGAGAGGAGGCUGCAGGCUGGAGGACAGAGCAGCCACAGCAGGGACAGCAGCAGGCAGGCCGACUCAGACAGAGGACAAUCUGGAUGUAUGGAGGUAAAUAUACAGGCGCACUGGAUCCAUCGCUUCAUCAUUCAUUUGAUCUGGGGUCCAUGUUUUAUGACACAAAGAUAUUUAUGACUUUGCCUGGGAUUUUCCUUGUAAUGGUUGAAGACAAACUUUAAGGGUUCUGUGGUUAAUAAGAGGGGAAAAAAGCUAAUCAAAUACGUUAUAAUAUCACUAAAAUGUUAAUGCUUUUUUCUCAGAUCGAAAGCACUGACUGAUGCAAUGGUAAUGUCAAAAUAUUCGACCCUCUUCAAUAAUACUGAGCUUUCCAUCGUUGCUGUAUGUAGACACUUUUUAAGGUUUCUUCUUCUGUACUUUCUUCUUCACUGUAGUGACUUUCUUGUAGUGUGGCUUUUUAAUUUCUUUGCUUUAACUUUCACCGAGGCCCGACCGAAAAAAAAAACCCUGAUUUAUGUGUCUGAUAACUGGAGACGUGACAUCAAUGAUCUCACAACGGCAAUAAUCGGUGUGGGAUCAUAGCUACAGAUUUACAUAAUUCAUCAUUAUCACCACUCUCCAGUUACGUCUUCCACCAGAAUUUUAACCAAAAAAAAGCGUUGAUUUUACUUGUUGAAAUCAGCGCUCUGACGGCUCGGUCGGGCCCUUUUCACCACCCAUUCAGCUGACCUGUGGGAAAAAAUAAAUGACAGACACAAAACCCUCUUUCUGGUCAUGUUUAAAUGAUGAAACAGAAAGAAAAACACUUUCAGUUUGGCUCUCCAGACAGAUUAAAACUUGAUAAAAGUAGGUCAUGCUGUAUUAAAGCUGUACAUUAAAACAAUUUACCAAAGCCUUCUUGUAUAUUUAAAACCAUAACAUGAACAGUAAGCAACGUAAUCCCACAUACGGUGAUUAAUUUGUCCACUAACAUCAGGGUUUCACCAGCUGUUGUUCACUGACCUGCAGAACAGACAGCAGUAAGAUUAGAGUCUGAUAUGUGAUUUCAUGGAUGAUAGUGGAGCGUUUGUUUCCUGCAGCCUCCUGUGGAUGACGGUCACAGCUCAGAUUGAUUGUGAACGGUACUCAACGUGUCAAUAUUGUUAAUACAGACCUGGAUAAGGAUCUUGCUUUUAUCUAUUUUAAAUAGAUAGAUACACACAGAGAAGUGAGGAGAGAUCCCCAUUGAAAUUUCCACCAGUAAACCUAAUUGAAACAAUGUAGGAAUGGGCGAAAUGGAUGCAAUUUACUGUCACAAUUUAUGGUAAUUUAAUAUUGUAAAAGUCUUGUGAAUUUACUGGGAAAGUGAGUUAACUGUUUAACUAUUUAACAACUAUUUGUCUGUUUUUAGCUAAUCCGGUGAAUUAGGACUUUAAGUAAUGAUCAUUUUAGCUGUAAAGGAAAUUCAAACCAUUUCAAAUUUCUACCUGAUAUUUUCUGAGAUACAGCAGAUUUUUUGGAAAUUCAAUUGAGAAACCGUUUAGAUUAAAUAGAUUAAAUACUGUUGUAGCUAACCCAGGAAUUAUUGCUGUUUAGACCGACUAUUCAGCGACAGAUAGUUCCCGCAAUAAGAAGAUUAUUUAUUGUUGACUGCUGGAAAAGUUGGAAUCCCGAUGUUGUAGUAUUUUGAUAAAAUUGUAUUAUUGAUUACUGUAUGUUUUUAGAGAUGCAACCGCAUUGAGAACCAGUGUUUUAGAUUAUUCAAUUAAUUGACGAAAAACUUAGAAACGGCCAAUAAAAGAUGUCCCGUAGCCUAAGAUGUCUAGAACUCAACUAAGAGAUAUUCAAUCCAGAUAAAUGAAACAGAUAAACAUUCUCUUAAUAAAUGACAAAUUAUGAUCAAAAUUGUUGAUUAGUUUUAGGAAAACAUCUUUAAAUCCAUUACUGCAAUGCUACUAUUGAUUCGUCUGUUAGCUUGAGUUAUCUUCGUCAGUGUUUUUAUCUUGAAUCUUUCCCGUUGGACAAAACUCUACCGCCUUGCAUCCUAUCACCCAACCCUAGUUUGGUCUAUUUGUAACCUUUCAUAUCAAAUGUUUGACACUGUCCGUCCCAGUUCCCCUUGUGUUUUUUCCAGGUCUAAAGUGAAUGGGUGUGUGUUAUUGCUGUCUGUGUGGUCUGCAAGCUGAAAUCAGCCACCUUAUUUCUCCUGAUCAACCUCUCUGCCUUUGAUAUGCCAGACUUAUUUUUCCUCUUUGCCCGAUUUUACCGAUUAACAUUUCCCACUCUAUCUUCCCUCCUCCUCCUC